AUGGCGGCAUAUGUGCACAUGCAUAUCGCGAUUUCUCGCGUGCGUGAUGAGGUUUCAUCGAGCUCACGAGGGUCGCGCGGCGUGGGAGCACUGUGUCCCAAUUCGCUGAAUUUGACAUGCUGGGCGGUGGGCGCGCAGAUGAUCGUUGCUAAGAACGCAGAUAGACCCGUAGAGAUGUCUCGCAUUCUGGCAGGAUUAGGGGAGGCGCCGCGCGCACAAGGCAGCUUGAUGAGCCUCGACAGUGUCGCGGUGGCGGCCGCGCCUGGCUGA